UAGACCGAACAACACCCAAGAUGAGUACCACGCCGCACAGUUUGAAGACGGAUGUGUCGAUGAGCCGCAAGUCCGAUCUUAAGUCGCAUCUCAGCAAGGCAGCGCUACACCAGGAGUUUGUGCCGCCGCAGGACUUGGACAUUUCGGCCAUUAUGUACAAAUAUUAUUUGGAGGAAUAUCGCAAAUAUACGCCCGAGGAGCGUGACUCGCGGUUGGCCACCUUCGAUGCCAUGGACAUGCUGCGGACCAUCGAGCAAAUACACAACGAUGUGGCCACCAUGAAGCUGGAGAAUUACAUUAUGGUCGAGUUCCUGGAGAAGAAUGAUCCAAAGCUAUUGAUUGGACUGCGACAGCGUCGCACUUCGAUACUGAAACGUUUCCAGAACAAGCAGCGUGCCUCGUUCCAUGGCAGUCAGCGAAUGAGCAGCCGGCAGUCGAGCUCCAAGCGUUCCAUACCCCUCUCCACGUCUCAUCUGGCGUCCUUGUCGCCCACUGCAACCGACAGGCGUCGCGGCACGGAAUACAAACUGAACUUCAAGGCCAAGGCAGAGAUGGCCGAGAAAAGGGCUGCCGAAGUGGAGAAGCGUGUGGUGGACAUCGAAAGGAAUGCCAUGCUGGAGGUGAAGCAGCUGCGUGCCAAGAUCGAAGAGCUGCGUGCACGCAGCGAGGAGACCAUGGAGACGGAGAACAACUUCAUGUUGCACUUUCUGCGCGACGAGAACGAUGUGGCCUUCCUGGAGUCGGCCACAGAGCGACAAAUCGAACGAAAACUGCGCAAAUUCACCAGCAAUUGGUUCAAGAAUGCCCGCGCACUGCUCGGCACCAUGAAGCUAACGAUUGUCUCGCUGCAGGAGACGUGCCAGCAGCAUCGUGCUGAUCUCAUCACCAAGUCGGAUCUAAGUGGAAUCCUCACGGCCGUCGACUUUGAGAAGCUGAUCAUCAAGCGCACGGAGCUAAUCAAUCAGCUGGAGGAGAAGAACAUUCACAUGGCGGGACUGAAGGGCGUCACGGGCAAGACCUCACUGGCCAUGACCGAGGAGAAGCAGGCCAUGAUGAACCUAGAGUCCGAGAUGCGUACGGUACACAAUCGCACCGAGGAGGUGGCUCGUGCCAUUUCCAAGCUGGAAAAGGAAGUGGCCAUCGUUGAGCUGCACAACGACAAGGACUCGGUGACCCUCGACGAGUUGCGCGCCCAGCUGCAGGAGUAUGAGGCGCCCAGUGUCAGCGAGUAUAUCGAACGCAAGGAGGAGGCACUCGUACUCGAGAAGGAGGAGAAGAUGCUCCAACGCAAGAUCUACAUCCUAAACAUGAAGCUCAACAAUCUAAUGCGCCGACGUAUGCGCGUCUCUGAUUUUUAAAACAU